AUGUCUACCAUUUACAGUGCUGUUGGCCUCUCGGAUCGGUUGACCUCGAUAUCAAACACAGCGGUUCAGCAAGACCCAGCGGCAUAUGGGUGCAAGAGGUGGAAUAACUCUGAGACCUAUUUCAACAGCGGCUUGCCCACGCCUCCGGGGUCAAGGGCCAUGCCGGGAGUAGUUUUGGGUAGCAGCUAUGCUGCACUUCCUGCACCUACUUUCCAGCAGGACCAUGGGUUGCCAGAAGGAGCCAACGCUUCUCGUCCACGCAGAACUCCAGCUGCUGCACCAGCCCCGGUGAACCAUGUCUACGCUCUAGCACCUCCGACAAAUGGGAUGAGCGUAUACAACCGUCGAGCCCCCGAUCAGAACAGCGUGAAUGCCAUCGCACCUCACCUUCAAAUCCCAGAAUCAGUGAACAAGAGCAAAGGGAGUCUGGCCGAGUUUGCUGCAGAGAUUACAUGUCUCUUCUGGUUCGAAACAGGGUCUACACUUCAAUACGCGGAAAAUCUCCCAGAGGAUGCACCUGUCGAUAGAGGGUUGCUUCCUGAUGCCGUACCGGCCAUUGGCUUCCGAAAAUGGGUGACCACAAUCAUCAGCACCACUCAGGUCGGGAAGAAUGUGAUUCUACUCGCCCUAUUAUUCAUUUAUCGGCUCAAACGAUUCAACCCCAGUGUAAGCGGGAAGCGUGGCAGUGAGUUUCGACUUCUGACGAUUGCUCUAAUGUUGGGAAAUAAGUUUCUGGACGACAACACAUACACGAAUAAGACGUGGGCAGAGGUUUCUGGUAUUUCAGUCACCGAAAUACACAUCAUGGAAGUCGAAUUUCUGAGCAAUAUGCGGUACGCCCUCUACGCCUCGGCUGAAGAGUGGAGUGAAUGGAAAUCCAAAUUGGGAAGGUUUGGCGCGUUUUACGACAAAGCCUCCAAGCUCCCCUUGGUUGAUGAGAGCAGAGCGAAUGGCGUCACUCCUGUCACGCCCACCACUCAGAGCUUCCCCCAAAAGUUGCCCUCACCUCCUUCAACCCAUCAUAGUGUCAGUCCGUAUGGUGUCUCACCUUCGCUCAACAGUCAUUACCCUGUUCUACCACAUCCUGCAUCUACAGCCACGCAACUUCCGAGCUCACCACUUCGGCAACAAGUUGGAUUGAGAGGAUAUCAACAGGAGCGAAAACGGAGUGCCGACUAUUCUGCCGAGCUCCCUCCAGCGAAAAGGCAACAAUUCCCUGGCCAGCUCUCGGACAAUAUUGGCAGUAGAGGAAUUUCGCUUCCGUACAAUCCAGGUACUUUGAGAGUUUCUCCCACACACCCCUCGAGCGUGGCAAACACUGGCGUUCCGGCAACAUUGAUGGAGAUCCCAAGACUGGACAUUCCCAGACCACCUCCCUCUCUGCCGAUUUCAAAUCCUCAAACCUCCCUACUCCCGGUCCAGACGAAUAGAGCACUGUCGACCGUGUAUCCACCCACAACGGGUACCUAUUCUCAUCCUGUCACACCGAUAUCUGCAGUACCGCAGUCCCUCUUCCAAAAUCCCGUUCCCACCCUCGGCGAUGGUUCUCGAGCUAUUACCACCCUGCCUUCAGCACACACAUCACCAUCCAAUGGGUACACUACCACUACUCCUACUCUACCGGGACUAUCACCCUCAUACUUCUUAACGCAUCGCACGUCUCCAUAUCGACCAGUCCGUCAUGUCAACACACUCUUGAUACCACCACCAUCGGCUGCUUUACAGAUGCCAGUCAGGAAUGUUCCUGCUGAUCACAUCCACUACCAUCCUUUGAGCAAAGCAAACACAGAGCGCCGGGUUGGACCACUCCCCAAUUUUCAUCCCGAUGGUUGGCAGCAUAGCAAUGUUUCCACGCCUAUUACUCAACAUCAAUACCCAUUCUAG